AUGGGCGAAGGAUUAGAAGAAUUCGCAAUGGAUUUAACGAAUUUAGUGGAAGCAGCUUAUCCUGAGAAUGCGUUUGGAAUGGACCUUGCUUCAAUCAAAUUAGAUGAUGAACAAAGGACAGGCUUGAAGGGGGAAAAUGAAAAAAUGGUCAAAAGGUUUAAAGAGGAGAUUUGUAUGGAGAGAUUUAAAGCCGGACUGUUACCUGAACUUAGGGAAAAGAUUAUUUUUAUGAAAGCGCCCUCUUCAUUGGCAGAAGCAAUAGCGCAGGCUAAAAGGGUUGAUGAAUUAAAUCGGACAAUUAAGGAUGAUACAAGGAAAAGACUGGAGAAAAUAGAAGUUAAGGCGGCGCUAGCGGAGAUCAAUGAAGUCAGGGAUCCUUACCAAAAUGAUGACCAAUAUUACUAUGAGGAGCAAUUCCAGGAGUCAAACGGAUGUGGUGAGAAUUGGGGAGAGGAUGAUGAAAAUUGGGGUGAACAGAUUGACCUAAAUUUUGACCCAUACUAUGACAAUGACCAAAAUUAUGACGAUGAAAGCCAAUGGUUUCCACAUGAGAGUAAUGAAAACUGGGGAGAGGAAUAUUAUCAGGAUCAAGGAUAUCAGAACUGGCCCACGGACGGAACAGAUUUUGAGGAGUUUUAA